UGGCACCCGGUGCGCCCGGAGGGGUCCCGGCACGUGUGCGCGCGGCGCGCGGGGCUGUGACAGCGCUGGUGCGCGGGGCCGGCUCUCCGCGGGAGCGGCAGGCAGGCGCCAUGGGCGGCAACGCCAGCACCCGCCGGGUCACCUUCGAGGCGGACGAGAAUGAGAACAUCACCGUGGUGAAGGGCAUCCGGCUUUCGGAAAAUGUGAUUGAGCGCAUGAAGGAAUCCUCUCCACCCGGCUCCAGAUCUCAGCGGCACCCUGGUGUUUAUGGAGCCUCAGUUUCUGAUGAAGAAUUGAAGAGGAGAGUCGCCGAGGAGCUGGCGUCGGAACAAGCCAGGAAGGAGGCUGAACAUCAGAGACGACUGAAGCAAAGUAAAGAGCUGGAGCCAGAGCGGGCUGCUGCCAAUGAGCAGCUGACCAGGGCCAUCCUCCGUGAGAGGGUGGCAAGUGAGGAGGAGCGAGCCAAGGCGAAGCACCUGGCCAAGCAGCUGGAAGAGAAAGACCGCGUGAUCAAGAAGCAGGAUGCAUUCUACAAAGAGCAGCUGGCUAGACUGGAGGAAAGGAGUGCAGAAUUCUACAAGGUCACCACUGAGCAGUAUCAGAAAGCUGCUGAAGAGGUGGAAGCCAAGUUCAAGCGGUAUGAAUAUCACCCAGUCUGUGCUGACCUGCAGGCCAGAAUUCUCCAGUGCUACCGCCAGAACAGCCGCCAGACGCUCAGCUGCUCUGCUUUGGCCAACCAGUACAUGCACUGUGUCAAUCACGCCAAACAGAGCCUGCCGGGGAAAGGCGGCUAGGACUGCCUCCGAGCCACGAAGCCCCUUCAACAUUAAUUCCAGAGGCGGAACAUUUUUUUUCCCUACUAGUAAAAUAACCAUUUAAAGAGAAGACCACUGAAGUGAAGCAGCAGAAAGCAGACGGAAUAAAAUCAUGGCACAUCUUGGAUCCACACCAGUUGGCCAAGCCGAGGGCAAGAUCACGGACAGUCCCAAGGAGACAGUUUAGUGUUUGUAAACCCCGUUUAUGCUGAAUAAAGGAACCGAACGACCUUC